AUGAACUCAAACACUACGGCACCCACGAAUGUGCCCCUACGCACGUCUAAACGGGGACAGAGUUUGACGAUAACCGACUGGGUAAUCCGCCUUAUGAAUUUGAGCAUCUUUCUCUUCCAGCCGCGGAAAGGAUCGAAUUUCCGAUGGGCAAACACAGUCCGAGACUCCAUUUCUUUUUUGGGCGAGUUUGCAGAGGGUCAGCAUACGAAGAUCUACGGUCGCGUUACCUCCCGGUACAAGUACCAUUUGCAACAGCAAUAUGAGAAUGCGAUUCGGAAGUUCGAUGCAACGGAUCCUCUCGCAGCACAUUUGCAACAGGUCGGCAAUGCUGCUUUUUAUCAAUCCUUACCGGGGCACGUAGGCCAAAUUCACACCAACUUUGCAGCAGAUCUGACCAGAAUUAGUGACAUUGCCAGUAUUGGAUCCUCGGCCGACUAUUUGUUCGUGCAAGUUUCCAAUCGGAAGAGCAAAGAGGAGGCAGAGGCGGCUCGCGACAGCUAUGUGAGAGGAUUCAGUCGUCCUGUCAGAGCUGACGAUUUCGAUGAUUGGGAACGACUGCGUGACGAGCUGAGGAGUCAUCAACGUGUCGGUGAGGUACCAGAUGGUCGACCUGAAGACUUCUCAUGUCUGAUAGCCGUUUCAUACAAAAGCAAGGAUGUCAAAAUCACUCGACGAAUGCUGCUACUCAAAGAAGACGGAAGUCCGGACAAAGAGGAGGGAAUUCUCAACCAGAUCCAAAUUCAGAUGACCGACGACUUUUUCGAUGAUUUCCGCUGGAGUCAACUCGUUAGGUCUUGCAUAGCGAUAGCCAGACGAGAUGGGAAAAGCCAUGUUCGCUUAUGGGUCGAUCGAUUGGUGAUGAUGGGCAUAGAAAAAGAGCAACGGGAAGCCAUUUUCAAACUGACAAAAUGGGAGGAAUUCGGACUGUUGCCUUAUGCAGUUUGUCACGUGGUGCGCUUGUAUGAAUCAAACGAACCUUACUAUGGAACUGAUUUUUGGAGAAAACUGGAGACGGUUCUCGGCGUAGCGGGUAAAGGCCUCUUCGUCGAUGACUACAUGUUGAGGAAGUACGAUCACACGAUAUAUUUUGGUCCCAAAAUCUACCAAAGAUUGGGCGACGGGCUCUGCUGCAUUGGAGGUGGAGGUGUUUACAUCAGGUCCACCACGCUUGCCCUGGCAACAGCUGUCCUAACGGAUGGUGUCAGUGUAAGGGCGGCUCACGAAGACCGGAGGACAAAGAGAUCUGCCACUGGUUGGAAAUCUUGGGCGAUUCGAACAAUCACUGAAGGAGCGUACAGCAGUUGCCAUUCCAGCAUAAUGGUAGAAGAGGAGCCAUCCUCGAUAGGGUAUCAACAAUUUCUAAUCAUUACGUUUUGGGAGUCCAUGGUUUCUCGAAGCAUAUCUCUGACCGGGAGGAGCUAUUUGGACAUGUCUUAUCAAAGGUCAAUGGAAUGGAAAAAGAGCUCCUCUUGGGACGGUAUAGUAGAAUGGAUCGGGAUGAUGCCUGAGAGCUGUAUAAUUGGAGAUCGGAACCAGAUAAUGAAUUUCUUGAACCAACAAAGUGACGUCGAUCUGUACGUGUCAACAACUGGACAUGUCGCAUCAAUCAUUACAUUGCAAAAUGAUGAUUUGAGAGAUAAGCGCACUCUUGUAGUUGAUUUAGCGCGUUUUUCAACGGCUCGGAGUGGACAUGUCACAGCUGUUGCAGAAGCUACAGGUAUCUGGGAAAAUUCAAGUGUGAUUCCCUUUUAUCUCAAACAUGUUUCAGAUCCGGAUGGGGAUCAGCUUGCUGAAGUCCAAGAUGACAGGAUCGUGUUUCUUUACAAACAGAUGAAGGUUGAAUUCUUCUUCAUGAAGGCUCUCAAAAUGAUUUGUGUAGUGGUGGGAAACCUGAUCUUGAUUUGGUUUACGUUCGGCGGGUGGCUUAUUUUUGCUGCUGUUCAGCUUGGUCUCAUCUUCAGACCAUGGCCUUGGGUCGACACUUGCGAUGUAGGCGAAGCUGUCUUCGACAAUCUUUUGCUGCACGCUCUAUAUGAUGCAGGCAUAAAGAAGCAGUAUAGAAGAUUGCGAAAUGUACCAUUCAACCAGAUUGGAUGGCGUUGAAGACUUGUGGGUGGGUGUGAAGGAAUACCUCUUGUGUUGAUGAUACCCUCUGUGCAUGGCACAGUGAUUGUGCCAAGCGUGCUCAUGCGCAGCAGCUACAGCGACUGAAAUGCUGUCUGUAGACAAUAUACUUACUGUAUAUCUGCUGACCUAUCUUUGUUAUGGUUUGUAUUGUUGCUCUGCGCAAUCUAUUACUCUAAUACUGAAGACUGUUCCAUGCAACUGUGCCAUAGUGCUGAACUCCACUGUGAGAUGUAGGUACCAUCUCUAUCUUUAGUAUAAACGUCGUCUCUGGAUACGAUGAUGAAUAAACUCUCGCCAUGAACACCUGAUCGACAGAAAACUUGAGGUUAUGGGAGACACUCA